AUGUCUGACGCCGUGAAGCAAGUGGCGGAAAGUUUGCAGAAAACGUACCUCGAUGAGGCUACCGGCGAGCAGGUUUCCAAGAGUGAAUUGAAGAGAAGACAAAAAGUCCGGGAUAUCGAAGCCAAGAAGGCUGCCAAGGCUGAAAAGGCUGCUGCCAGUGCUCCAAAAGUGGCCAAAAACAAGGAUAAUUUGGCUGAUUUGACACCCAAUCAAUAUUUCGAGAUCCGGUCGCGUCAGAUCGACGAAUUGCGUGCUGAACACGACAAGAACCCCAGUGGCUUUAACCCAUAUCCUCACAAGUUUGAUGUUGGAGUGCGGUUGCCGGAGUUUAUUGAAAAGUAUAACCACUUGAAGAAGGGUGAAACCCAGCCUGAAGUGGAGAUCAAGGUCAGUGGUAGAAUCAUGGGUAAGAGAGAGGCCGGUUCCAAGUUGAAAUUCUACGUUUUGAAGGGAGAUGGAGUUCAAGUCCAGGUGAUGGCCCAAGCUCAAGAUGUAGCUCUGGCUGAAGAAUACGCCAAGAUGCACGAGUAUCUUCGUAGAGGUGAUGUUAUUGGUGUCACUGGAUACCCAGGACGCACAAACCCUGCCAAGGGUGGAGAGGGAGAGCUUUCUGUUUUUGCAACUUCGGUGCAAUUGUUGACUCCAUGUUUGCACAUGUUGCCCACGGAGCACUUUGGAUUCAAGGACCAGGAGGCUCGUUAUAGAAAGAGAUACUUGGACCUCAUUAUGAACGAUUCUGUGAGGGAUAGAUUCAAAGUCCGGUCCAAAAUCAUUGGGUUCAUUCGUGACUUUUUGGACUCUCGUGAUUUCAUCGAGGUGGAAACUCCUAUGAUGAAUGUGAUUGCGGGAGGUGCCACAGCCAAGCCUUUCAUCACCCACCACAACGACUUGAACAUGGACAUGUUUAUGAGAGUUGCACCGGAAUUAUUCUUGAAGGAAUUGGUUGUAGGAGGCAUGGACAGAGUGUACGAAAUCGGACGUCAGUUCCGUAACGAAGGUAUUGAUAUGACCCACAACCCUGAAUUCACCACUUGUGAGUUCUACCAGGCGUACGCAGACGUUUACGACUUGAUGGAUAUGACCGAGGUUUUGUUCUCGGAGAUGGUCAAGAAGAUCACCGGUGACUACAAGAUCACCUACCACCCAGAAGGUCUUGAAGGCAAGGCUAUGACGUUGGACUUCUCGAGACCAUGGAAGCGGAUUAAUAUGAUCGAGGAAUUGGAAAAAGUUUACAAUGUCAAAUUUCCACCAGGAGAUCAAUUGCACACUGAAGAAACCGGUGCUUUCUUGAAGCAAAUUUUAAUCGACAACAAAUUGGAGUGCACUCCACCAUUGACCAACGCCCGUAUGCUUGACAAGUUGGUUGGAGACUUGGAAGAUUCAUGCAUCAAUCCUACGUUCAUUUUCGGCCAUCCUCAAAUGAUGUCUCCAUUGGCCAAGAAGGACAGAAAGAUUCCUGGUUUGUGUGAAAGAUUCGAGGUUUUCGUGGCUACCAAGGAAAUCUGUAAUGCUUAUACCGAGUUGAACGAUCCAUUUGACCAACGUCAAAGAUUCGAGGAACAGGCCAAGCAAAAGGCCCAAGGUGACGACGAGGCUCAAUUGGUUGACGAAACUUUCUGUAAUGCUUUGGAGUACGGGUUGCCUCCUACCGCUGGAUGGGGAUGUGGAAUUGACCGGUUGGCGAUGUUUUUGACCGAUUCCAACACCAUUAGAGAGGUAUUGUUGUUCCCUACUUUGAAGCCGGACCAAGAAAAAGCCGUUUAG